UUUUCCUAUAGCAGCAGAUUUUGAGAAGAGGGUUGCUAUUGGCUGAAUCACCCAACUCAAAGUGAGAAAGUUUUUUUUUGGGACAAAUAAGAAUGAGAGAGUAUUUCAAAGUUUUUUUUUGGGACAAAUAAGAAUGAGAGUAUUUCAGUGUCCAUUAUGUUAUUUAUUUUGAUGAAAUUGUCCAUUGUGUUCUCAAGUAAAAUAAUUUAUUCUCAUUAUAUUCAAUCACAAAAUUUAUUUUUGCUGAAAAGGAGGUUUUAUAAACCAAAAGAAAUGGCAAUGAAAAGCCAAAAUUAGGAGGGGGCUAACAAGCUGCUCUCCUGAAAAAAACUAGAGAGGGGCUUCAGGAUUAAUAUUCGAUCACAAAUUUUGAGAACAAUUUUUUUUUUUUUUUUUUUUUGGGUAAAAAAAUUCCGAGAAUGUAACUUUUUUAUGGAAACAACAUCAUUGUUAUAACUUGUACAUCAGAAUUUACAAGCAAUCAGGAACUUAAAUCUUUUAUUUUUUUUGGGUAAUUAAUCAGAAACUUAGUCUGAGAAAACGAGGCAGAUGCCCAUGACAGGGAUAUGAUAGCGUAGUAGUAGCUCAGCCAUGUGAACAUGGUUGUCUGUGCAUGCCAUGUGUAAUGGGAUGGGAGUGGAGGCCUUCCACGGGGCAUAAAGCUGGUGCAUUUUGGGGGAGGGGUUCUGAAUUCUCCUAUCUUUGGGCGCCUAGCCUGCCUACCUGCCUCCUCCAACAUUGAGGUAAUUGGGUGGUCUUUGGGGAUCGCAAUGCCUUGGAAGGUGGACCUCUGCCUUUGCCUCAGCCUCUGGCAUCUUCAUUCAGCAUCUACGGUGAAGAAAUGGACAAAGAAACAUCAACCAUGCACACUAGUACUCUACUGUAAGGCUCGUGACUGUUUUCCAAAGCUUCAUUUAGGAGCAGCAAAAGCUGUUUAGGCUCAAACGGUAACCAACAAUAUCGGUUCUGAAAUCUCAGAUCUCAACUGGACUUGGGGUAAUAUUUUUAGGAGAAUCAAUCAAUCAAUUCCUCGUGACCAAGAAAUAUCAGCUGAAUUUUAAGAAAAAAGAAAUAGUAUAUUAUGGUAUUUGUUGAAGUUGUGUUCACGGUCUUGAUUGUGAUCCAACAACUUCAAUUAUUGAAGCUUAUGAAAUGGAUAUCUAGGUUUUCUCUCUCUUUUUUUUUUUUUUUUUUGGGUGAAUAUCUAGGUUUUCUCCUAGGAUACUAGGAAUUACCCAUUUACCUAAACUAAACUUUUGACCUCUCAAGGCCUGUCAAGAGGUGACAUUAACAUUUCCUCGACCAACAUAAUUGCCUGUACGCGAGGGCAGACUAUUCUUUGAUAAUUAAUACUUCAAAGAUCUAAACCUCACCAAACAUAUCUUUGAUAAUUUAAUAGUUUGAUACUUUGUACCCUUUGCUACGCAAAUAUAUGCUGUUUUUUGGACACACAAUUCUCAUGGGUCUUGAAGUAGCUUGAGCAUGUCAUACAAGUCUUCCAUUACGUACAAAUUACUGUUUGCUAUUCCGGAAGUUUUGGUAUCACUCUUUGAAAGGAAUAAGAGAAUGCUUGGGUCAAAAUAAAGACAUCAUAUUCCUUCUUCGCCUUCAAGUAGUACCAUUUUAACAACCACAUAAUUAAUAAACAAUAAAGUUGGUUAAUUAUCCUCUUUUAACUUCACAAAAAUGAUAAUUUGCCAUGGAUGUCGCAUCAAAAAACUCUGUUUGUUUCUAUUGCCAUGGACUCUGCAAUGCAUAUUCUUUCAAAAGGUCCUGUUUCUUACUCUUCCUUUUUUUCCUUUUUACAAUUGGCAUUUUAGGAAUAGCUUCAUUGAUCAUUGUCUUUAUAAUAAAGCCCCAAAAGCCUGUUUUCUCCCUCAAAACGGUGAGACUUGAUUUGUAUGAGUUAAAUGCUCAUUCAGGUUCAACUCUCUUUUUGUCAUCUGUCAUCACUUUGAUCCUGAAUGCUCAAAAUCAUAACAAGGUUGGCAUAAGCUACAGACCUUCACGGCUUCAUGUUUAUUUCGAGGGAUUGCCUAUAGGUACAAUCCGAGUUCCCGGUUUCCUUCAGCCUCCUCACAGCAGUAAUGUGACCGUGCCAACCCGGAUUUUGUUCAAUUGUUUGAAUGUUACAAAUAUUCUUGCUGUAGCCUCAAUGCAGAAUGAGCCAAUGAAAAACAAAAUUCAGAUGAGAAUAUUAGGUGAUGUUAAGGCUCACCUGUGUGCAUUUCAUGUAACUCUAUUUAAGAUCAAGGUUGCUGUGGCGUGUGACAUAAAUAUUGAUAUCGAAAAGGACAUAAUAAAAAAUAUUUACAACAUGAGACCAGGAGAAAAAAGUCACGUAGUAGCCAUUUUCUCCAACCAACCUCCAGUCCGUCUUCCAGAAGUGCUCGGUAGAUUUCUACUUGUAAAAGGUGGAAUUACUCGAUCUUCAACUCAAACAUAUCACAUUUGAUUUUUUAUUUUUUAUUUUUUUUCUUCUCUUUGAAUUUUGGAUGCUGAGCACAAAAAUUCAAGCUUCCUAAGAUGUAUAGUUGUACAGGGUCGAUUAAAGAAAGGGGGAUUUUAGUGGCAGCAGGAAAUUAAUUUAAUCAGAUUUGUACAUAUACCUUAGGCGCAUUAAUUCGUUUCUCUGAUUGAUAAUUUUAAAUUGAAUAUCAUUUUCGUGGUUUUCCAAGUUGA